AUGUUUGGUGCGACAGUAAGCAAGAGCGAAGAAGAGAUGAAGGAAAAAAUUAUUCAUUAUACACGCAUAAUCGAGUUGGAAGGCAAUCGAUAUUCUAAUUUAUGUGCUCUAACAUACACGAAUAAACAUGCAAAUCGAACAAUAAUAAAGACAAAUACAAGAGAAGUAUCAAUUUCAAGAAGGACAGACAAAUGGAAGAAACAAUUUGAUGAUGAAAAGUUUUCAAUUUGCUGCUGGAAGUUUUGUUCAAGCAUGACGAACGGUAGGCAUCAAAUUACCCCCGAAGCAAAACAUGAGACUGUUUUGCAAAUCCUUGUCAAAUCACUGUUCAGAUUUAUUCCGAUCACGUUUUACGGCUGUGAAGUAACGAAUUUAUUGAGAUUCGCUCUUUUAUUGAUCUUGAGAAUGAUGCUGCAGAUUUCCUUACUCAACUUUAGUAAUUUGAUUGAUAUUGGAUAUGAUGAGAAAGGAAAAGCUUCUGUCUUUGACAAAGUUUCUCGUAUUCAACGACUAAAAAUGGCAAAAAAACUUUUUCAUUUGUGCAAAUUUUAUCCAUCAUUACCGUUUAUUGAGACGUUUAAGACCUUGCUUUGCUCGAUGCUAGAAGCUGUGAAAAAAGAUGCUGAUGAUGUUCAAGAAACUUCUACAUGGAUGAAAUGCGGAGAAAAAUUGUCGAAUUCAAUCAUAUCAGUCACAGAGAAUGCAGUGUAA